UCGGCGCCGCCCGGGGCCUAGGCCCGGGCUGAGGCGGGGUGGCAGUUUGGCCGCCGAGCAGCUGAGGAGGAAGAGGAGGAGGGUUUGGGAGGCGUCCUCACCCCUUCCGCGUCCCGUGAAACAAGUAGCCCGCACCCGAAGAGUGUGUACCUCUGGGAGCGGACAAUACAAGAACAGACACAGGCGGGGAGCAUCUGUCUUAACUUGCACCUACCCCAGUGCUCAGAACAGUGCUUGGCACAUAGUAAGCGCUUAACAGAUGUUUUGGGUGCCGGUAUUAUCGCCAUGAGCGACCCGCUACCUCCCGAUGCAGUGGGCCGACGGAUCGACGUUAGUGGGGAACUUGCAACUGUGCGCUACGUCGGCAGCGUCCCUCCCACAGCAGGCGUCUGGUUAGGAGUAGAGUGGGACAACCCGCAAAGAGGAAAGCAUGACGGUGGCCACGAAGGGACCGUAUAUUUUAAAUGCAGGAACCCUACAGGAGGGUCCUUUAUCCGUCCAAAUAAGGCAAAUUUUGGGGUCGACUUUCUCACAGCCAUUAAGAACCGGUAUGUCCUGGAGGACGAAGAGGAGGAUGUCAGAAGAGAACAGGCCCUGGUCAUUGGAAACAGACCCGUGGAAACAGUCGGCUUCGAGUCUAUUAAAAAGCGACAGAGUCAGCUGAACAGAUUGCAAGAGGUCUCUGUGUGUGGCUAUGCAGUGAAUUGUGCGGGCCCAGAAGGAGAGAUCACAAAGAUGUGUCCCAACAUUAGGAAGAUCGAUCUGUCCAAAAACCUGUUGUCAUCCUGGGACGAAGUGACCCGCAUUGCCGACCAACUCACGGACCUGGAGGUUCUUAAUCUCAGUGAAAACAAACUGAAAUUCCCCCCCGUCGAUGCACCACCUUCCCCCGGGACGUUUUCUGCGCUGAAGGUCUUAGUUCUCAAUCGAACGGGGAUUACGUGGACUGAGGUUGUGCGGUGCGCUUCGGGCUGGCCGGUGCUGGAGGAGCUGUACCUCGCCGCCAAUGACCUCGCCAUUGCCUCCAGACCCCCCGACGCGCUGCAGACGCUGAGGCUGCUCGACCUGUCCGGUAACCCACUCGUCGAUGAAAAUCAUCUGCGGUUCCUGGCCUCCCUCCCCAGGCUGGAACAGCUGAUCUUGUCCAACACAGGCCUGUCCUCCAUUCACUUUCCCGACGCCGGAAUAGGGAGCCGCACCGCCAUGUUCCCCUCCCUGCAGUACCUGGUCGUCAGCGGCAACCAGAUAACACAGUGGUCGUUCAUCGACGAGCUGGACAAACUGCGGAGCCUGCGGUCCCUGACGUGCACCCGGACCCCUCUGACCGAAGGAAGCGAGGAGCCGCAGACCGUGCGCCAGCUCAUCAUCGCCAAGAUCGGCCGCCUCAAGACGCUCAACAGGUGCGAGAUCUCGCCGGAGGAACGGCAGGGAGCGGAGCUUGACUACCGAAAGAAGUUCGGGAACGAAUGGAAGGCGGCCGGCGGGCACCAGAAGCCCGAGCUAGACGAGCCCGGUGCCGAGUUCCUGGCCGCCCACCCCAGAUACCGACUCCUCUGCCUCAAAUACGGGGCGCCCGAAGACGGGGAGCUGAAAGCCCAACAGCCGUUCAUGCUGAAAAAUCAGCUGCUGACUCUGACCAUAAAGUGUCCCGAUCGACCGGCUCAAAAACUCAUCCAGAGGCAACUCCCAGGAGCACCUGCCGCCCCCGACCGCAAUGUGAGACCAAAAGCUUUUCCCUCCCGCCUCGCAGAUUCCAUGACCGUUCAGAAAGUGAAAGGCCUGCUGUCUCGCCUCUUCAGAGUCCCCGGGUCGGAACUGAGACUCUCUUACGAGAGCCCCAAGAUGGAAGGCAGAGAAAUCCGACUAGAAAGCGACCAGCAGCCCUUACAGUUCUACUCGGUAGAAAACGGAGACUGUUUACUCGCGCGGUGGUAGCCGGCCCGUCGACGGCCGCCCGGCCGCACCCGCUCGCCGCCCGGAGCCUCGGCGGCGACGCGCGGGAGUCUCGCGGCCCGGGGACGGGGGGACGGAGCGGCUCGGGUCGAUGCUUUAAUAAAAGCUCGCCACCCGC